CCUCUGUUUAGUCAGUUAAUCUGUUUUCUCCCUGCAACAUGUCUGCAGCCAGAUCUGACCCUCUCCUCUUCUUUGUUAAUGGCAAGAAGGUGGAAGAGCGGAAUGCCGAUCCAGAGACCAUGCUGCUGUCCUACCUCCGAGACAAAUUGCGUCUGACCGGGACCAAGUAUGGCUGUGGAGGAGGAGGUUGCGGGGCCUGUACCGUCAUGGUGUCCCGCUACCAGCCACGCACCAAAACUAUCCUUCACUUUGCGGCCACAGCCUGUCUGGUGCCCAUCUGCCAGCUCCACGGAGCAGCAGUCACCACAGUGGAGGGCAUCGGCAACACCAAAACACGCCUCCACCCUGUUCAGGAGAGGAUAGCUAAAGCUAACGGCUCUCAGUGUGGCUUCUGUACUCCGGGGAUGGUCAUGUCCAUGUACACUCUCCUGAGGAACAAGCCCUGGCCCAGCAUGGAGGACAUUAAGGAGGCUCUAGCUGGUAAUCUAUGCCGCUGCACUGGGUACCGGCCCAUUAUUGAUGGCUACAGGACCUUUUGUCAGGAAGCCAACUGCUGCCAGCUUAAUGGAAACUGUGGUGUGAACAGAGAGAGCAUCCCAAAUGGAGAGGAGCAUAAUGGGUCCCAGGAUGAACCACAGCUAUUUGACCAAGGAGAGUUUCAGCCACUGGACCCAACACAGGAGCUCAUCUUUCCCCCAGAACUCAUUCUGAUGGCAGAGAGGAAGAGUCCCCCAGAGACGCUGUCCUUCUGUGGUGAGAGGAUGAGCCUGUUGUGCCCUGGUUCUGUGGAAGAGCUGUUGGAACUCAAGACCAAGCACCCAGAGGCUCCUCUGCUGAUGGGGAACACACACCUGGGUCCCAGUAUUAAAUUUAAAGGCGUUGUGCACACACUGAUGAUUUCUGCAUUCAGAGUUCAGGAGCUGUUUGAGGUCAGACACACUCCAGAGGGUGUGUGGGUGGGAGCAGGCUGCUCUCUGUCUGAGCUCCUGUCUCUUCUGCAGAAGCUCAUCUCUGAGAGUCCUCCAGAGCAGUCAGAGCUGUUUCGAGCCCUCACCAAACAGCUCCAGAAUCUGGGCAGCCAGCAGGUCCGCAACAUGGCUUCACUUGGAGGUCACAUCAUGAGUGCAUACCCAAACUCUGACCUGAACCCUGUUCUGGCUGCUGGAAACUGUAAAAUCUCUGUGGAUUCUGGCUCGGGGAGGCGUGAGCUGCCCCUGAACCAGGAUUUCUUUGUGAGCUUUGGAAAGACCCUCGUGAAGCUAGAGGAAAUAGUGCUCUCUGUCUUCAUCCCCUUUACAACAAAGGGGGAGCUGGUGAGUGCGCUCCGUCAUGCUCCCCGUAAAGAGGCUGCCUUCUCCACUGUGACGUGUGCGGUGCGGGUGCUCUUCAGUGAAGGCUCCUCUGUCGUCCGUGACAUUAGUGUGUACUAUGGAGGAGUGGGAGCCACCACUGUCAAAGCUGAAAAGACCUGCCAAGCUCUCCUCAACAAAGAGUGGAGCGAGCCUAUCCUGUCCCAGGUCUAUGACACCUUGUUGGAUGAGCUGGUGCUGCCCCCCUCUGCUCCAGGGGGAAAGGUGCAGUUCAGAAGAGUCCUGACCCUCACUCUGUUCUUCAAGUUUUACCUGGAGAUUCUACACAAGCUCAAACACAUGGGUUGGAUCUCCUGUGAGGUUCCAGAUAAGCUCCUCCCUCUGCCCUCAGACAUCCAGCCCAGUGUGCAGCACUUCCAGUCUGUGUCGAACGCCCAGAGUUCCAGUGAUGCAGUGGGGCGGCCCAUCAUGCACAAGGCCGCUCUGAGCCAUGCCACAGGAGAGGCGGUGUACUGCGAUGACCUGCCUCCAGUACAGGGGGAGCUCUACCUGGCUCUGGUCACUAGCUCCAGAGCAUACGCCAAGAUCAAACAGUUGGAUGUAUCUGCAGCUCUGCAGAUGCCUGGAGUGGUGGAUGUGAUCACCGCUAAAGAUAUUCCAGGAAAGAAAGUGCGCACGGACUUUGGCCAUGAUGAAGACCUCCUGGCUCAGACUCAGGUGGUGUGCGUUGGUCAGAUGGUGUGUGCAGUGGUGGCAGACACUAAAGCUCACGCUAAAAGAGGAGCAGCUGCUGUGAGGGUCCAGUAUGAAGACCUGCCUGACCCCAUCUUCACCAUAGAGGAAGCUAUAGAGAGGUCCUCAUAUUAUGAGCCCCGGAGGAGCUUUGAACGAGGCAAUGUGGCUGAAGCCCUCAAAAGUGUUGAUCAUGUUUAUGAAGGGGGCAUCUAUAUGGGCGGGCAGGAACACUUCUACAUGGAGACCCAGAGCACACUGGUAGUCCCAGUGGGGGAGGAGAGAGAGUUCCACCUCUAUGUGUCCACACAGUGGCCAACAUCCACCCAGGAAGCUGUAGCUCAGACACUGUCCAUCCCAUCCAACAGAGUAGUGUGUCACGUGAAGAGGGUGGGAGGAGCCUUCGGAGGCAAAAUUACAAAAACAGCAAUCCUCACCUCCAUCACUGCUGUGGCCGCCUGGAAAACUAACCAAGCAGUCCGCUGUGUGCUAGAGCGAGGAGACGACAUGCUGAUUACAGGAGGACGCCACCCAACGUUAGGAAAGUACAAGGUGGGGUUCAUGAAUGAUGGCAGGAUUGUGGCUGUUGAUCUGGAGUACUACGCCAAUGCUGGGUGUACUGCAGAUGAAUCUCCUCUGAUAGCAGAGAAAAUGGUCCUUCUCAUGGAUAACAUCUAUAACUUCCCUCACAUGCGGGGUUUUGCUGGAGCCUGCCGCACGAACCUCCCGUCCAACACUUCCUUCAGGGGCUUCGGUGUUCCCCAGUGCCUCCUGGUGGUGGAAAACAUGGUCAACGAUGUGGCCAUGAAAGUGGGCAUGCCUGUGGACAAGGUGCGCGAGGUGAACAUGUACAGAGGGCCCUCCAUCACUCAUUACAAAAUGGAGUUCAACCCUGAAAACCUGCAUCUCUGCUGGGACGAGUGUAAGAGGAGGUGUGAGUACGAUGCCCGCUGCCGUGCCGUAGAGCAAUUCAACAAAGAGAACCAGUGGAAGAAAAGGGGGGUGGCUAUUGUGCCCAUAAAAUAUGGCAUUGGAUUUUCAGAGGGCUUCCUUAACCAGGGUUCUGCUUUGGUCCACAUCUACAAAGACGGCUCUGUCCUGGUGGCUCACGGUGGAACUGAAAUGGGACAAGGAGUACACACCAAAAUGCAACAGGUGGCCAGUCGGGAGCUGCACAUUCCCAUUUCUAAGAUCUACAUCAAUGAGACCAGCACUGGCACUGUCCCCAACACCUGUCCCUCCGCUGCAUCCUUUGGGACUGACGCCAACGGCAUGGCUGUGAAGGAGGCCUGCCAGAUCUUGUAUCAGAGACUCAAACCUAUCAUGCAGAAGAACCCUGAAGGAUCAUGGGAAAGUUGGGUUAACAAGGCAUUCUUUGACAAAAUCAGCCUUUCUGCCACUGGAUUUUCCAGAGGACCAGACUCAUAUGUGAACUGGGAGACAAUGGAGGGGAGGCCUUACUCGUAUUUCACCUAUGGAGUGUGCUUCUGUGAGGUGGAACUGGACUGUCUGACUGGGGACUACAGAACGCUGAAGACAGAUCUUGUGAUGGACAUCGGCAGAAGCAUCAACCCCUGUGUGGACAUCGGACAGAUUGAGGGAGCAUUCAUGCAAGGGCUGGGCCUGUACACUAUGGAGGAGCUGAAGUAUAGUCUUUCCGGGCUCCUGUACACUCGAGGGCCGUCUCAGUACAAGAUCCCUGCUGUGUGUGACAUGCCUCUGUCCUUUAACGUCUACCUGCUGCCCAACUCCGAAAACCCCAACGCCAUCUACUCCUCCAAGGGCAUUGGAGAGCCGGGUGUGUUCCUAGGAAGUGCAGCGUUCUUUGCCAUUAAAGAUGCAGUGUCAGCUGCCCGCUCAGACUCAGGCCUGUCCGGUCCCUUUUCUUUUGACAGUCCGGCCACACCGGAGCGUGCCUGCCUAGCCACUGCCUCCAAAUUCACUCAGAAGAUUCCAGCCAGUAAACCAGGAUCCUUCAAACCGUGGGCUUUGGACAUCUGAUACUGGUAGCCUCACUGACUUGUGCAUGACAAUCUUUUUUAUCUCAUUAGGACAUUUAUUUUUUUAAUCAUAUCAGUAAUAAUAAUGGCAUAAAAACAGUCUCAGGUGCACACAUUACAUACUGUGCAUAUUCCUUCAAACACCAGAGAGAAGAGACCAUUUCUCCAGGAUAAAACCCUGCAAUGUUUG